AUGUCAGAGCCUUCAGAAGUUGAGGAAUCUAGGCGGGUUUCCACCCAGAUCAUGUCUCUAUCAACACAGUUAAUUGAGUCUAUUGAGAGGCAAUCAACUUUGGAAAAGGAGUUAAACCAAGCCAACAAGAUUAUUGAAGGCCAUGGCGGUGCUAUGCAAGAGUAUGAAAAGCUGAAGAAGAAUUUCGCAGAGUUAGAGAAAAGAGAGUCAAAUAAGGAUGCCCAAUUGAACAAACUUAGGGAGGAACUGCGAAAACAGAAGGAAGCUCGGACUGAAGCUGAUUCUAAUGCUGACAAGCUGAAUCAUGAAGUGGAGGAACUUACGGCAUCUCUAUUUGACGAAGCAAACAAUAUGGUGGCGGAUGCUAGAAAAGCUAGCCAUGCUACUGAGUUGAGAAAUGCUAAAUUGGUGGAACAGUUGCAUGAAAGAGAUGCGCUCUUGGAAACUUUGAAUCUGCAACUAAGACAUCUUAAGAAAGUUAUCCAAACUUUGGAUGAUGAUAGUAUGGCAAGUGAACAAGUAAAGACCCUAGCGAAUGCAUCUGAUAAUGCUAACCUGGCUGCUUCCUUAAGUAAAAAUCUAAGUUCCAGCCAUGGUCGUCAAAUUGAAGCUCCUUUAGGCCCUAUCUUUUCACCAAACAUUACGGCGGUUCGUUAUGAUUUAGGUCUUUACCACGAAUUUUUAAAAUUUUUGGCAGUUUUACCCGACUAUCAAGAUAUUAAGGAUACUGCUUCAGAUUCCAAACUGCUGAGAAGAUUAGUUAAUGAUGAAAUCCAACCUGUACUCAAAUUGGAAAAUGCAAGUGGCCUAGGCUGGAUCCUUAAGAGAACUCUAGUCAAUCUUAUGAUAGAAGGUCUAGUUGCUGUAGAACCAAUCAGUGGUCUCAAUGAAAUGCAUCAAUAUGGUUAUGCCUCUCCAAUGCUAAACCAACACAGCAAAAUGGGCGGUAAUAAUAGUAAUAGCCUUGAAAAUAGCCCCGCUACUACUAGUAAUACAUCUACGACAACAAAACGUAAUCAUUCUAGAAGCAGCAGUAUGACGAAGAGUUUAAAUCUGUUUAACUAUCCAUCCGAUUCUCCACCGGUCGCUCUACGUGAGAAAUGUGCUAUUUGUGGAGAAUGCAGGGAUGAUCUUGUCGAACAUGCUCGUCUGCAUAUCCUCAAGACUCAAAGCCGCGCUGACGAUGGAACAGUGACAGUCAACAACACGUUCCCACUGUGCAAAUACUGCGUUUUGAAAAUAAGACAAACUUGUGAAAUAUUUGCAUUCUUACGUUCAUUGAAAUUAGGAGCCUGGAAACUGGAAAAAGUUUCAUUAACCAGUGUUUCCAAAGGCGAUUCAAAAGAGUUCUCUCAAGUCUCCAUGGUAAACAGUAAUGAGGACAAGCCAAAUAGAGAUUCAAAGAAGGAAAACCGUAAAACUGCGAGAAAAAGUUUCAUGGCUGGCAUGAAUGCAUUGAAUAGCAAGAAUACUACGGUAACACCAGAAGUACCAGUCUCACAGGCUGGCGCCCCAACCACCAAUAUUCAGUGGGCAUGGAUUCAACUAUGCAGACUUCGUAGUAUGCUCCAUUGGACUCAUAUUGGUAUAUGGAAUGUGGACGAUUGUAUUACGUCUAAGAUUGGUCCCCUUGUGAUUAACGAUGGUAGUAAUAAUGCCGCUGGCAAAACGACUACACAUGAUAUUAAUGGUUCUGUGAAUAAAGAUGGAUCAUCUUCAAACGAAACACCUACAGGGGAAGCUUAUGGAGAGAAACACUCACAGGUCCCACCAGUCCCAUCUACACCAGUGGCGGCAUCAGAACCAGCUAACAAUAGUAAUGAACCCGAUACAUUUGAUUUCGAGGCUGGUGGUGACACUCCAAUAGAUGAUCAAAAGACAAAAACUGAAUCUCCUAAAAAAGAGAAAGAACAUUCAACACCACAAAAGCCAACCCAUUCUCCAGAAACCAUUCAGGAAGAAAAGGAAAACAUAAAUGAAGAUAAUCCGAGAUCAAGCGAAGUAGAAGAGAAGAAGACUGAGGAUGAAAAGAAGGAGAAGAAGAACAGUAGCAAGAUCUCCGAAUCGAAUGAAAACUCAAAUUCCAGUAAAGAACUGCUUGACAAUUUAGAUAAAUUGGGCGAGCAAUUAAAAGAGGAGAGCGGUACCUCAGAGGCACCACAGACUAAUGGAAAUGGGAGUAAAAAUGUUAAUUCUAAUACGAACCGUAAUAACGGUAGCCCUUCUCCCAAGAAGAAAGACGUUCAACGUCAUCGAAGCAUAAAGAGCGUCCUACAAAGUGACAACGAAAGCGCAUCCAAUACAGAAGACCAGUAUGACGAUGCCCAGGAGAUUCAAUAG